AUGGAUCCGCGCAACGACCCCUCGCUUCUCCCUCAUGGACCGCCGACCCGCCAGGGCCCGCCGCCGCCGGCCGAUGCUCGCCGCGCCAUCUCCAUGGACCAGGACUAUCGGUCCAUCAUGACCGCGCGCCCGAGGCGGUCCGAGCCCCCUCCCCCCUACAGGUCCGACGACCCCCGCUACCGCGGCCCCCGACCGACUCGCGCAGAGCCCUCAACCUCGGCGCCAUCGCGGACCGACGCCCCGGGAGCGCCGACCACGUCGUCGCCCGCCGACCCCUCAGCCGCCCCUGAGCCGCUACCCGGCUACUCAAGCUCCAUCGACCUCGAGGGCAUCUUCAUGAAGAAGCACGAGAUCGAGGACACGACAAGACGGGCUGAAGACCGCCGCUGGCACGCCACCUACGUCACCCUCACCGGCACCGCCCUCAACCUGUACAAGGCCAAGAAGAACCGGACCUGGGGCAGGACCCCGCAGGACGGGCCCAAGAUCAGCCCGGACAACCCUCCGUGGAUGCGCAAGGGGAAGCUCGAGAAGUCGUACAGUCUGCUCUACGCCGACGCCGGCAUAGCUGCCGACUACAAGAACACCAGACGCCGAUACGUCAUCCGCGUACGUGCCGAGACGGAUCAGUUUCUCCUGUCCUGCAUCGAGCUCAGCACCUUCAACCAAUGGCUCGAGGCCUUCUUUGCCGCCAUCGACCUCGCCCUCCCCAUCGACGAUCGCGACUUUCCCCGCGACAUGUCGAUACCGAGAGUCCAGCGUGUACGGUGGUACCGCCUCCCCUCGCCCGCCCGACAGCCCGAGGCUCCGUCGGCGUCUCAGCAAGACGGUAACGGCAACGGUGACGACGACGACAACGACGCAACUCCCGACGCCGCUCCCGACGCCGAGCAGGAUGCCACCCCCGGCCGACGUACGCUCAGACGGCGGUCGUCCGUGCCCGCCCCCCUACCAAGCCUGUACGAACACGACGAGCUGUCACGCGUCGCGCCAGACGCCGACGAGGACGGGCCACGCCGAGGCAGGCAGGCGGCGUUGGCCAUCGAGGGAGAAGAAGAAGACGACGACGACGACGCCGACGACGACCAAGCCGUGGAUGAGCAUCCCCCAGCCGCCGACGACGAACGAUCUCCCCCGCGGCUCGACCCCUCACGCCGCCUGAGCUCGUCGUCGUACCACAACGACGGCGUGGACCCGCACUCUGGGAAAUGGGUCCCCGAGCACCGCUGGUCGUCGGCCCACGACCUGCUGUACGCCAAGCUCUGCUACAGCAACCUGCUCUUCCGGAGCCCGCGAAAGUCCAACUUCAUCAUCCGCCAGGGAAAGAAGUGGUUCGUCGACUGGUCAACCGGUCGCAUGGUGCGAGUCCUGCCUCCGGCGUAUGGGGAGGUGGAGUUUUUCGGUCCCUGGCAGGUUGUACACACGGAGAACAUGCGCAUCUAG